CGAGUAGUUGUGUUUUGCCGCUGCAUUUGUGUCUUCAGAGGACCGCCUUUCUGUCACACGCACACGUAAGGAAAGCCCGCUCAGGAGGAGGGAGGUGGAAGCUGAAGGAGCGGACAAUAGUGCGCUCAGGGGGAGGUGGAAGGUGAAGUAGCGGACGCUCAGGGGGAGGUGGGGUGAAGUAGCGGACGAUGGCGCGCUCUGCAUUUCUGUUGGCCUUGCUUCUCGUCGUUGUUGUGGUUCAGGCAAGUGCGCAGGCUCCGCCGGAGGUGACCAUCAGCUAUGUCAACUACGCAGGCUCGGGCUGCAAUUAUCAGAACACCAACUACGUCCUGUCCAACGACUACAAGACGGUCACCUUCAUGUUCGGCGGGAUGGUUGCGACCACGGACGGGUCGCUCGCCGACAAGAGGAAGCAUUGCCAGAUGUCUUUCAAUAUGAUCUACCCGGAUGGCUGGAGCGUCUCCAUCGGUCAGGCCACGGGCCGCGGGUUCGCUGACAUCGCCAAGGACUCCACCGGCAUCUACGAGUCACACUACUACUUCUCGGGACAAACGGGUACGGCGACGAUCGAGCGCAAAAUCGGAGGCCCGCAGGUUGGCAGCUUCGAGUUCACGGACGACUUCCUGACGUUUGUGUGGAGUGAGUGCAACAACGCACCCAACUUGAACAUCAAGACGGUGGUGAGAGUGGAGGGCGCGAAGGCUGUGAUGGCGCUCGACUCCCAGGAUACCAAGUUCCAGCUCAUCUUCAACCUCCAAUGGAGGCAGUGUCCGCAGAACUGAGAACCCCACCCACCCACCAUCUCGCAGGCGGAGGAUA